ACAAAUGUCAACAAAGUUUUUUCUUUCCUACAAAUUAUAUUUAUUAUUUCUUAUUUGAAGUGAAAAAUUCAUGUUGAUGAAGUAUUGAUUUACGUGGUCAUUGUUACCAGUUUUUGUUUUGCUCUCGACAUUUGUACAGAACAAACUAAACGACUUUGAUAAGAAUUUUGUUCGCUAGUAAUUAUUUAAUUUCGUUUGUCAACAAUUUGAGAAUAUUUCCUUACACGAUUAAUUAACAAAUGUAAAAUUAAAAAAAAAUUGAUCGGAAUUGGGACGAAAAAUUUAAAAAUACGAACAACGUAAAAAAAACUAAAACAAUUAAAAUGGAUGAGGCAGAUUUAAAAGAACGCAAAAUAGACAAUGUCAAAACAAAUGAAAGUGAGAGUGAUAAAGAGGAUAAAACCUCCAAAAAUGAUACGAUAAACACUCCUGCUGUGAUUCAAACCAAAGAAGAAUAUUUUGAUGCAUUAAGAGUUUGGUUGCAACAAGUACAAUUACAACAGAUGGCAUAUACAGCAUACACAACGUAUUUUCCAUACUAUUUAUCGUCGAAUCUGCCACCGAAUAAUAUUGUCAUUCCUCCAAUGCCAUUCUUAUCGGCCCAAUAUUCAACACCAUUUACGGCCGCCAAUCCAUUCAAUCAACAAAUUGGAAACUUUCCACAAGCGGUGGCGAACAACAAUGCCGCCAAUCCCCUGUUCGUCAAUAAUAUUUUUCAACAGAAUAGAACCAAUUACAUGGACAAUGUUAGACAAAACAUGCAAAUUAUUUAUCAAAACGGUGGCUACGAAUAUGUUAUUGCACCCAUUUGGAAACGAUUCUUGGCUGAAACAAUUGAUGUCAUAAUUCUAUUUAUAUUUAAACUGAUGGUGGUGUUCGUGUUGAUGGACGUCUUCAAUAUUCAAAUAGUGAAUUUGGACUUUGAGAACUUGAAAACAUCGUUUGAAGAGGAUUAUUUGGACUUUUUGACAUUCUCAUCGGAUUUACUAUUGGUGGAAAUUCUAACAAAAGUCAUGGUAUGCAUCUAUGAGGCAAUGUGGACUGCCCAUGGUCAAUCGGUAAUUGGUGGUGCAACACCUGGCAAGAUGAUCAUGAGCAUUCGGAUACUUUAUGUUGAAGCCGUCGUACUCACUGGCCAAAUAAAUGGUGAGCCAAACUUUAAUGCAUCAACACAAAUGCGAGCAUUAAUGUAUCCGGCAUCGAAUCCAGGCUUUCGACGCGCCUUAUAUCGUGCCAUUGCUAAAAAUAUGCUUAUGACAUUGAUGUUUCCCAUGUGUUUUGUAUUAUUAUUUUUUCGCAAUAAUCGAACGGGAUACGAUGUUAUGACUAAAACAAUAGUUGUUGAGGAGAAUCCUGUUCCAAUUCGUCGACAGCUGUGAGUUUAUUCAUGCCAACGCUUUAAAAUUGAGUUUUUUUUUUCAUAAAAAAAAUCAAAUGUCUUGUUCCCAAUGCUACUGUGGUAAAUUUAGAUUUUUACGUAAAACUGAAGGUUAAAUGAAAAGCGUAAUUAAGUCAAAAUAAUAAAAUCUAAUGAAGAGAAAUACAA